GUAUAUCAGCAACUAGAGAGAUACUAGUUUAAAGAAAACAAAAAUCCUUCUAAGGAGUUUGGACGGACACGCGAUGAUGAGGAUGGCUGGCGUUAGCCAUAUCACCGCCACUGGUACAGCUCUGCUUCCAUGUUUCUACAACGGGACCAUUCUUAGACGCAGAUCCCUUCGUCUCCGAAAUGGUGCCUGUCGAGAACCGAAGCUUCGGCUCCGAUGCGUCUCGCCUUCCGAAUUUGAUUUCUCGCCGCCUCCGAUCGAUCACGACCUCCUCGAUACAAUUAGUAUUGGUGGAGGGAUAGUUUCAGAAGAUGGUGUUGUUGAGAGUUUUGAUAACGACGAUGAGGCUUUGGAUGCUUUUGAUAAUGGAGUGGUGGUCGUGGACCUCUCGCAUUUUGGCAGAAUACGAGUUAGUGGAGAUGACCGCGUUCAUUUCCUUCACAACCAAACUACUGCAAAUUUUGAAUGCCUUAGCACAGGACAGGGGUGUGACACUGUAUUCGUUACCCCAACAGCAAGAACGAUCGAUAUUGCACAUGCCUGGAUAAUGAAAAACGCAAUAAUGCUAAUGGUUUCUCCAACGACGUGCCAAAGCAUAAUUGAGAUGCUAAAUAAGUAUAUCUUUUUUGCUGACAAAGUGGAGAUCAAAGAUAUCACCAAGCAAACUUGCUUAUUUGCUUUAGCAGGACCCAAGUGUAACCAAAUUAUGUCUAAACUGAAUCUGGGUGAUCUUAUUGGGCAGCCAUAUGGCAAACAUCAGCAUUAUAGUUUCGAUGGAAUGCCAAUUACAGUUGGGGUCAGGAGUCUUAUUUCAGAUGAAGGCUUUACCAUGUUAAUGUCACCUGGUGGUGCUGUUUCAGUCUGGAAGACUCUUCUAUCUGAAGGUGCCGUUCCAAUGGGUUCUGAAGCCUGGGAGAAACUUAGAGUCCUUCAAGGAAGGCCAGCACCUGAGAGAGAACUCAGCAAGGAAUUCAAUGUUCUGGAAGCGGGUCUGUGGAACUCAAUCUCUUUGAACAAAGGAUGUUAUAAGGGGCAGGAGACUAUCGCAAGACUUAUAACAUAUGAUGGAAUCAAACAAAGGUUGUGUGGACUUGAACUCUCUGCACAAGCAGAACCCGGCAGCACCAUCACAUUCGACGGGAAGAAGGUGGGGAAGCUAACUAGCUACACUAGGGGAAGAAACGGAUCAAGCCAUUUCGGGUUAGGGUACAUCAAGAAACAAGCAGCCUCAGUUGGAACCACAGUGACUAUAGGGGAAGACAUUUCUGGGAUAGUUGCUGAAGUCCCUUAUCUAUCCCGGCAACAUCCUCCAACCAACCCAACUUCUUGAGUAGCAGAAAGAAGUUAUGCACAAGGAAACUGCACACGGAUAUACACAUUCAAUAGCUUACAAAUUUGUUUUGAGAUGCGAGCAUAUUAUAUUUGGGUUCUCACUGGAUAUUGAAACAUUAAUUUUUCAUAGAUAGGAAAGUGAUUAGAACAACAGUUUUUGGCCAUAAAGAGAUGUUUUUGGGGAAAA